UCUUUUACGCGAGACCAGCCCUCUCUCUGCUCAAGGGGGAGCGCAAAAGAAGAGGCGUGCGCCUUUUGCGUCUGCGUCCACUCAGUCACCCCCACGGACUUUAGGCUGCCCACGUAAAGAUGGAGAAGAAGAGCGAGAUCAACGGGCACGCCGUGCCCGGCUCGGCCUCCACCGAUCUGAUGGUGGAGCAGCAGCAGCAGCACCUCCACCCGAGGGGGGGCCUCGGUGGGAGGCUGGCGGGGUUCCUGCGGAGGAACCUGCUGGUGAUCCUCACCGUCUCCGGGGUGCUGGUGGGCGUGGGGCUGGGCAUGGUGGUCCGCAGCCUCGGCCUGACCAGGGCGCAGAUGACCUACUUCGCCUUCCCGGGGGAGAUGCUCCUCCGGAUGCUGAAGAUGAUCAUCCUGCCGCUGGUGGUGUGCAGCCUGGUGUCCGGCGCCGCCAGCCUGGACACCCGCUCCCUGGGCAAGCUGGGCGGGGUGGCGGUCGCCUACUUCCUGGUGACCACGCUGAUCGCCUCGGGCAUCGGCGUGGCCCUGGCCUUCAUCAUCCGACCCGGGGUGGGCGCCGGAGCCCUCAACACCAACGCGCUGGGGCUGGAGAGCGUGAGCGCCAACAAGGAGACCGCCGACUCCUUCCUGGAUCUGGCCAGGAAUUUAUUUCCAGCAAACCUGGUGGCUGCUGCUUUCCGUUCGUAUGCCACCGACUACAAAAUGGUUGCCAUGGGAAACAACACUAACGGAACGACGCUUUACCAAAAGGUCCCUUUUGGUACAGAAACCGAUGGCAUGAACAUUCUGGGUCUUGUGCUGUUUGCCAUGGUUUUUGGGGUGGCACUCCGGAAACUGGGAGAAGAGGGAGAGGAGCUUAUUCGCUUCUUCAACGCGUUCAAUGAGGCCACCAUGGUGUUGGUCUCCUGGAUCAUGUGGUACAUCCCUUUUGGCAUCAUGUUUCUUGUGGGCAGUAAAAUUGUGGAGAUGGAAGACGUGGUUCUUCUGGUCACCAGUCUGGGGAAAUAUAUCUUUGCUUCAAUCCUGGGCCACAUCAUCCACGGAGGCAUUGUUCUACCCCUCAUCUACUUUGGUUUCACACGCAAGAACCCUUUCAGUUUCCUGUCAGGCCUCAUCACUCCCUUCACCACUGCUUUUGCCACCUGCUCCAGUUCGGCGACUCUUCCCUCCAUGAUUAAGUGCGUGGAAGAAAACAAUGGCGUGGACAAACGCAUCAGUCGUUUCAUCCUGCCCAUCGGGGCCACGGUCAACAUGGACGGGGCGGCCAUUUUCCAAUGCAUCGCAGCCGUCUUCAUCGCUCAGCUCAACAACGCCGAGCUGAACGCCGGACAGAUCUUCACCAUCCUGGUAACAGCCACAGCUUCCAGUGUUGGCGCAGCAGGCAUCCCAGCCGGGGGCAUCAUCACUAUAGCCAUCAUACUGGAGGCCAUUGGCCUGCCGACCAAUGACCUGUCCCUCAUGCUGGCCGUGGACUGGAUCGUAGAUCGCACCACCACAGUGGUGAAUGUGGAGGGGGAUGCUCUGGGUGCUGGAAUCCUCCACCACAUCAACCAGCAAGAGAUGAGGAAGCUGCAUCUUCAGGAGGAAGAGCUGGAAGAGGUUCGGGUGGAGGCAAUGGCCAACGUUGAGGCCGAGGAAGAAACAUCGCCGCUUGUCACGCGUCAAAGCAAAAUUUUAGAGGCCACACCGGAAGCCAUUGAGUCGGUUCUGUAAACUCAGCAAGACU